UUAACGGGCUGCAGACACCCCCACCCCCACCCCGCCCCCGGUGUUCACAGGGACCGGCCCGGGAGAGGUCGCGAUUUUGCCUUUCCUGGUUCGGCAUUCCGAGCGGCGAAGGCCUGGAGCCCUGGGAGGACACUCGGGGACACCGGCGGGGCAGACGCCUCAGGCGGCUCAGAGCGCCUGAGCCUCCCUGCCUGGCCAAGGGAGCCCUGCUGUGGAGAGUGGCGCCAGGCGGCGCGUUCCCUGCCCCGGGCGGUCCCCACGCCCACUCGGGACCUCCCUCGUCCCCUAGCCUGGGCUCCCGCCCUUCCCUCCUCCGCCUCGGGGUUUCGGCGAGUCGGGCUGCUGUGCGCCCUGGGGCAGGCGGGGAGCGCGGGGGUAGUCUACGCCACCAGCCGCUACGUCGCGGUCCUGCGUCCCCCGCGAGGGCCACACCCGCCGGGGCCCUGCGCCAAGGGGCCGGGGAGGGAUCCGAGGCGGUGGGGAUGGAGAGGGGCGGAGUGAAAAGGGAGGAGAGAACUUGGAGGAAAGGCAAGGAUCAGGGGAAAGAAAAAGCGAAGGAGCGGAGUAAGAGGAGCGGGGAGGAAGAGAGGAAGGGUCACCGGUCGGAGACGGAGAGGAAGGGACACCGAUCGGAGACGGAGGCCGAGAACGAGACGGAGGCCGAGACCGAGACGGAGACCGAGACGGAGAGGAGGGGACACCGGUCGGAGACGGAGGCCGAGACCGAGGCUGAGGCCGAGAAGGAACGGCCGAGAGGAAAGCAAGGGCAGAGCGGCCCCACCGUGGCGGGGACCCCGCCGCAGCUGCCGGAGAAAAACAAGCAGAUCCUGGUACUGGGCCUGGAUGGAGCGGGGAAAACCAGUGUGCUCCACUCUCUGGCUUCAAACAGAAUCCAGCACAGCAGGGCACCCACUGAGGGCUUCAAUGAAGUCUGCAUCAACACGGAAGACAGCCAAAUGGAGUUCCUGGAGAUUGGCGGCAGCGAGCCUUUCCGUUCUCACUGGGAAGCGUACCUGCCCAGGGGAUUGCUACUGAUCUUCGUGGUGGACUCAGCAGAUCACGAACGGCUACCGGAAGCCAAGAAAUACCUUCACCAGCUCAUCGAAGCAAACCCGAUUCUUCCUCUGGUAGUGUUUGCAAACAAGCAGGAUCUGGAGGAAGCCUAUCACAUCACAGACAUCCACGAGGCCUUGGCGCUCUCCGAGGUGGGGAACGACAGAAAGCUGUUCUUGUUUGGGACCCAAGUGACGGAGGACGGCUCAGAGAUACCCUCCAGCAUGCAGGACGCCAAAGAUCUGAUUGCCCAGCUGGCUGCAGACGCGCAGUGACCGGCCCCAAGCCUUGUGUCACCCCAGAGUGUUGAGAGUGGCAGGCUCAGAGCCAGAGGUUUCCACUGUGAAAUAAAACAUGAGCCUUUUCCUGGUUUCUCAGUGCAUGGCACACGCACCGAGAUUAACGUUAA